AUGAGUAAACGUUCUAAUUACCUACCUUCUAAUGACCAACUUGCUGCACUUGCUAAAGGACGUGUCCCAAAAAAUACUGCUAAAAAUACAGAAGGAUGGAUUAAUAUUAUGAACCAGUGGCGGUCAGAUGUUAAUUAUAACGAACUACUAAAAAAUCAAGACAAGGAAACGAUUGAACUUCAAGUUUCUCAAUUUUUAUGUGGCAUAACAACUAAACAAGAUCAACCUUAUUCACGAACAUCAUUAAAGAAUGCUUUAUCAGCAAUUAAUCGGCAUCUUCAAAAUGUCAAACCUGGUUGGCGAUACAACUUACAUGAUAAGAAUGACUUUUCUGACCUAUAUGCCCGAUUUGAUGGUUUACUAAAAGAUAUGAAAAAAAAAGAACUUGGCAAAUCCAAAUCUAUAGAUGGAUUAAUUACUAAAGAGAUUCGGCAUAUAUUGAAUCAUGAAAUUCAGGAUCCAAAUACUCCUUUAGGAUUAUUAAAAUGGAGUUUUUUCUGGAUUUCUAUAUUGGGUGCUGCAAGAGGUGGUGAACACGCCAACUUGCAUAUAUCACAAAUUGUAGAUACAUCCGAUGGUAUUAUAUUAAAAAAAGCUCAACAAAAAAAUGACCAGGGAGAUAUAAAAGGAAAUCAAUUUGACUUAAUUAUACCUUUUCCACCUGACCCAGAAGGCAUUACAGGGCCGAAUUCUGAUAUAAGAAAGUAUCUUUCUUUAUGGCCUAAAAAUUUUAAAAGUUCAAAUUUUUAUCUUUCUGCUUGUCAUAGCCCAGAUGCUAUUGUAAAAGGAAAAUGGUAUUUAGACAAACCAAUUCCUGAUCAUACAAUCCGUUCAAUGUUUAAAAUGAUUUGCAUCGAAUGUGAAAUUAAUAUCGAAUCAAGAAAUAUUAGUAAUUAUUCUGGCCAAAGGACAAGUAUUAUGGAAUUAUUUAACGUUGGAGUUUCUGAAAAUACUGGUUGUACAAUUAGUGGACAUAAAUCUUCUGGUGGAUACUAUGCUUAUGCCAAACCUACAGACAAACAUAAAAGAGAAGCAUUAAUGAAUGUUCUUAAUAAACAAAUUAUUGAUACACCAUCUAACGAACUAAUGCAAGAUUCAAUUAAAUAUACUAACUCUGAACCCAAUAAUUCUGAAUCCAACAACUCUGAACCUAAUAAUUCUGAACUCGAUAAUCCUGAACCCGAUAGUAAUGAAAACUCAUUAAGCACUAGAUUUGAAGAUGACGAAAAUUCAGAUUUAAAUAAUUCAGUACAGAACGAACAUGAAUUUUAUGGAAUAUUUCAUAUGGCAAAAGAAGUUUUAAAAAAUAAGUCUCGCAAAAGAUCACCAAUUUCUGAUGAGAACAAACAAUUGCUUCGUCAUAAAAAGAAAGUUACAAUUGUUCAUAAUCACUAUAAUAAUU